AUAAACCCCGCCACCCUAACCAUUAUCUAUCUCACUAUGUUUUCAGGACCCCUAAUUACAAUAUUUAGCUCGAACCUCCUAGUAAUAUGAGUAGGCCUUGAAUUAAGCCUUUUAGCAAUUAUCCCACUAUUAAUUAACAAAAAAAACCCACGAUCAACUGAAGCAGCAACAAAAUACUUCCUAACACAAGCCACAGCAUCAAUAAUUAUUCUGCUAGCCAUCAUCCUCAACUAUAAACAACUAGGAACAUGAACAUUUCAACAACAAACAAACAACCUAACCAUAUUACUAAUACUAAUUUCCCUAUCAAUAAAAUUAGGUCUAGCACCUUUCCAUUACUGACUGCCUGAAGUAACUCAAGGCAUCGAACUUCAUAAAGGCCUAAUCCUACUUACAUGACAAAAAAUUGCCCCACUAUCUAUUCUAUUUCAAAUUCACGACCUAAUUAACUCCUCCAUCACCCUAACCCUCGCCAUCCUAUCCAUUUUUAUAGGAGCAUGAGGAGGCCUAAACCAAACACAAAUACGAAAAAUUAUAGCUUACUCAUCAAUUGCCCAUAUAGGAUGAAUACUAGCUAUCAUUUCAUUUAACCCUUCACUCAUACUUCUAAACCUAUUUAUUUAUAUUAUUCUUACAAUUCCAAUAUUUAUAAUUCUAAUAAUAAACUCAUCAACAACAAUAAACUCAAUCUCACUUCUAUGAAACAAAACCCCAACAGUACUUAUAAUAAUAUCUACAAUUCUCCUAUCCCUCGGAGGACUGCCUCCACUAACAGGGUUCUUACCAAAAUGGAUUAUCAUUACAGAACUACUAAAAAAUAACUGCACAAUCUUAGCAACUACAAUAGCCAUAAUGGCCUUACUAAAUUUAUUCUUCUACACACGCCUAAUCUACUCAACCUCACUUACAAUAUUUCCAACAAACAACAACUCAAAAAUAAUACACUUCAUAACAAACCCUAAACAUAACUUAUUUAUUCCUCUACUUACAAUCAUAAGCUCAAUAACACUCCCAAUAGCACCUCAACUAAUUAUAU